CUUCCUUUCAAGCACCUGUCUGAGAUUGCAAGACCUGAAUGAGCAUGACGCCGACGUUUCUACUCUGCACAGUCGUGUUGAUGUGUGUCCAAGUUACACAUGCACAGUUCACGCAACUUAACUCGACGCGCUGUUAUUACUGGAGCAACUGGGGCUCCUUAUCAACUUUGACCUCCUGUGACGCCACCUGUGGGGCUGGGGUUCAACAGCGGCAGAGAACUCGUGCCUGUCUGCGGCCUGCGUACCGCCCACCACCCGGCAGUCGCUUUCAGGAAGUCGAGCAGGAGUCGACCACGUGCAACUCGGGAAUCGCGUGCACAGGAACUAUAGGAACAUGGGCCUCGUGGACAGCGGGCACCUGCUCCCAGUUCUGUGGUCAAGGGACACUCCACUCCACUCGGACACGGCCCUGUACACCCACUGGACUCUGCGAUGAACCCCUGACGGAAACGAGGACCGAGAUAUGUAACGGCCAAGGGGGUCACUGUUUCAAACCUUGCUCCCACUACCAAACCUUCAUCUACACAUUCGGCAACCCCAUCAGCCACGUGUGUUUGCGGGGGAUGUACCAGCAGGUCAGCUGCCCCUCCCAGCCCGGAGCUCUCCUCAACACGUGCGGGGCGGACUAUGUCAAGUGUCAGGUCUACCGACUGGUAGAGCGAUACUGCUUCAGACCCGCGUUCAAGUACAGUCAAUGGGGGUAGAGUUAUCUGCCCUGCGGCCUGUUCUUUCAAGCGAUUGUAGAGAAGGGACAUUUUACUGGCCAAUCCAACUUAAGUAAAACAGCUUAUAAACAACAGUCAGUUAUAUACAAAACAAUGUUCUGUGCUAAGUUAGACUAUGUGAGAUUGAGGUGAUGACGUCACUUCCGCAACGAGGAAACAACAAUCGUGUUUCUUUAUCAUGGUUCAGCCAAACAAAGUGUUAGUUUUUUCUCAUUUCAGUUUUAUCUUGUUUAUGUGUUUGAAGGUACAUUAUAGGCUAACACACCAACAGUUGAAUGAGAACAAUUGAUUCCCAGCUUCAUAAUAUGGAACCAAUGAUACUUCUUAAUUAUAAAGUCUUCUGUUCAGGAGUGAUAAUUCUCUUUGUAUCUAAACACGAGACAGCAUUCAUGCAUUGCUUACUUACAGUAAGAUCAGGGUUUCUUAGCUGUUUUACUUUGCCAGACCUCUCAGUCGUCUUAACACAUGGAUCGUAUCUUCAAGUCAUUCUUCAAAGAGAUUCCUGGUAGGCCUGGUAACGUCCGAUGGAAACCAGGAUGUGACGACGAUACACAAAUCUAGUAAUAGUUGUUUCUCUGUAUAUUAUUAUUAUUAUGAUGAUGAUGAUGAUGUUUAAUGGUGGUGUGUAUAAUAAAUGUGUACUU